CAAAAAUAAAAGAAACCCCCCUCACAAACUCUGUCUCUCCCCUAUAACAAUUAUCAUCUCUCUCUCUCUCUUUCUCUCAAACAAGAAAUAAUGGGAAAUCUCCGAGGGCAUGUGGUGUACGGCGCCGGCUUCUCUCUCAUCGGCGUAUGGCACCUCAUCAACCACUCCAAACUCCACACUCUAAAUCCCACCUCCUACACCGCCCCCACAUGGUUCCCCACCUCCCCAAUCAAAUUCCUCGAGCUCUACUUCAUCAUGUCCGCCUCCGCCGCCGCCGUCUUCAUGGACCUCUUCAUCGGCCUCCGCCGGCACCACCCCUUCUCCCCCGACGGCACCAUCCCCUCCUCCCACCUCCACAGCUUCGAGCACUCCAUCAUCGCCCUCUCCAUCUUCGCCUACGCCCUCUCCACACUCCUCCUCGAAAAAUCAUCCCAAUCCCCGGCCACCGCGAGGCGCGGGCUGAGUAACGCCGUGGCCACGGUGGCGCUGGGGGUGGAGCUGCUCGUGUUCCACCUCCACUCCGCCGACCACAUGGGGGUGGAGGGGCAGUACCACCUCCUCCUCCAGGCAGUCAUCGCCGCCGGCCUGGCUGCGGCCGCGCUGUCGGGGGCCGGCUACGACCGGAGCUUGGCGGUGGCGUAUGUGAAGUCGGUGGGGAUAUUUUUCCAAGGGGUGUGGUUGGUGGUCAUGGGGUUUAUGUUGUGGACGCCUAGGUUGGUGUUUUUGGGUUGUUUUAUGAAUUGGGAGAAUGGUUCUAGCUUUGUGGUGAGGUGUGAGGGAGAAGAGGCGUUGAUGCGAGCUAGGUCGCUUGUUAAUAUUCAGUUUAGUUUGCUUCUUGUUGGGGUCAAUGUGGUGGCUCUCCUCAUUUAUUUGAUUGUUUUCAAGAUUUAUUCGAACAAUAAUGUUUCCACUGAUUUUAGGGUUUUUGGAGCCAUAGAGAUGGAGAUAUUGGACAAGUGAGGAAGGUUUGGGAUGUGUAACUUUUAGUAGUAGAAGUUUUUGGACUAGUUUGUGUUUUUAUGUUUCUUGUUUUAAUUGUUAUCAUGGGAUGAACAAAUUGUAGGUAUUAUGUGUGUGUUUUUAUUUUUCUUUGUCUUAUUAUUAUAUCAUGAUGAAAUUGGAAGUACUA